GGCGGUCUCUGAUCCUGUUGCGGAAAACUGCGCAUGGUCUUUGAAAAUGCUGGGACAGCGCCUGUUUCACUUUGUUUAGCUAAGCGUAAGACUCAUAUGGAGGUGGGUGCUAAGCGAGAACAGCUCGAGCCUGAGCACAUCAUGAGCACUGAGAAAUUCUGCGCUUUCCGGGUUGUUGUCGGUCUGCCUGGAAGAUGCGCCAUCUCCCUGCCUGCGAAGCCGCAGGCCGUCCUAACCGCAGUUGCAAGACUCUUGCCAGACAUGCUUUUUCCGUUCCCGGACCUAAAGGAUGCAACGCCGCGCUAGACAAUGAGUACUCCCAUGAGUUCAUAACCGUAUCGG